AUGAACAGAUCAGUUAACAUUGCAAAGAACUUAAUCUAAACUUACAGAGCUAUGUCAGUUCAAUCAAGAUUUGCUUUUUCUACUCGUGAAGAAGAAUGGUUAGACAAGAGAACCAAGUCCCAAGAAAAAGUUUACUUCGAUUAAGAAGACAGAAAGGCUAUGAAAAGACUUCUUGAAAAAUUGAAUACUACUAGCAAGUUUGUUGAAGAUUCUGAAUACCUUGCUCCUCAAAAUCUUGAAGUUGAAAAUAUUCUUAAAAGAUACCACAUUAACUAUACUUAAGCUUUAAUUGAUGAAUUAGUUGACUGGAAAACGGGAAAGAACUGA